UCUCACUCUUAUCAUUCAUUGGUCAUUCUAAGCUCUCCAAUAUGGGACCAUAUUCAUUACUUACUCUUUUCCUUCUUUUUAAUUUUGGUACAUUUUUCACUACUUUAGCAUGCCCUUAUUGCCCAUAUCAACCACCUCCUAAGCCACCCAAGCCAGCUUGUCCCCCUCCUGAGCAUCCACCACACUCGAAACCGCCUCAUCAUUCGCCCUCCGGAAAGCCACCGAGCUACCCUCAUAAACCACCUCACCAUGAUCAACCCCAUAAACCACCUCAUUCUCCCUCCGGAAAGCCGCCGAGCUAUCCUCACAAACCUCCUCAUCAUCAACCACCCCAUAAACCACCUCAUCAUCCCUACAAACCACCUAAGCCGCCUUCCUCGAAACCACCUCACCAUCCUUACAAACCACCUUACACACCUAAACCUCCUACAGGUUCACCACCCAAGUCUCCUCCUUACACUCCUAAACCACCUCAUCAUACCCCUAAACCUCCUGUUGUAACCCCACCUUACACUCCUAAACCACCUCACACCCCUAAACCUCCUGUUGUGACCCCACCUUACACACCUAAACCUCCGGUUAGCCCACCACAUUACCCGAAACCACCCGUUGUAAGCCCUCCAUACAGCCCACCUUACACUCCUAAACCCCCCACUGUGAGCCCACCAUACACACCAAAACCAAGCCCACCAUAUAGCCCACCCUACACGCCUAAACCGCCAAGUGUGAGCCCACCAUACACACCAAAACCACCAAGUGUGAGCCCACCUUACACACCAAAACCACCAAGUGUUAGCCCACCAUACACACCUAAACCACCAAGUGUGAGCCCACCCUACACACCAAAACCGAGCCCACCAUAUAGCCCACCCUACACACCGAAACCACCAAGUGUGAGCCCACCAUAUAGCCCACCCUACACACCAAAACCACCAAGUGUGAGCCCACCAUACACACCCAAACCACCAAGUGUGAGCCCACCAUACACACCAACACCACCAAGUGGUAGCCCACCAUACACACCAACACCACCAAGUGGUAGCCCACCAUACACACCAACACCACCAAGUGGUAGCCCACCUUACACACCAACACCACCAAGUGGUAGCCCACCAUACACACCAACACCAACACCAACACCUCCAGUAGUAACCCCACCAUACACACCAACACCACCAAGUGUAACCCCAAGUCCACCAACAACACCGGAAACACCAUGCCCACCACCACCGCCUUCGAAACAACCAACAUGCUCCAUAGACUCCCUAAAGCUGAACGCAUGUGUUGACGUGCUAGGAGGACUAAUACACAUUGGCAUAGGAAGUGGUGCUAAGGAUGCAUGUUGUCCCGUGUUAGGUGGACUAGUUGGGUUAGAUGCUGCUGUUUGUCUUUGCACCACAAUUAGGGCUAAGCUUUUGAAUAUUAACGUUAUUCUUCCUAUUGCUCUUCAAGUUUUGGUUGAUUGUGGCAAGACUCCUCCUCCUGGAUUCCAAUGUCCUGCUUAUUAGUUCUUUCUUUUUCUUUUUUUAAUGUCUUUCUAAGUGAUUAAAGUUUUGGUGAAUAAUAAACUUUAUGUUAUAGUUUACACUAGUACGUGUUAUUAUGAGCGGUUAUUUGACAAUCUGUAUCUUUAAUUAUUUAUGAGGUUUGACGAGUUACGUGUAGUAUGCCAAAAGGAUUGGAUUUUAUCUAUGAUCAGAUUAGUUGAUCAUCAUGAUAA